AUGGGCCCCGUGAUUCUUAUUUUAAUUUUAAAUAUAAAAAUGUUCAUGACUAACUGUUCCAAAGGACAUUUUCCUCCAGGACCCAGACCUUUGCCAAUCAUUGGAAAUCUUCAUAUCCUCAAUCUGAAGAGACCAUAUCAAACCAUGAUGGAGCUGUCCCAGAAAUAUGGCUCCAUUUACAGUAUUCAAAUGGGACCAAAAAAGGUGGUGGUGCUUGCUGGAUAUGAAACAGUAAAAGAUGCUCUUGUCAAUUAUGGAAAUCAAUUUUCAGAACGGCCUGAAGUGCCUAUAUUUGAAGAAUUUUUUGAAGGAAAAGGACUUAUUUUCUCUCAUGGUGAAACAUGGAAAACUUUGAGAAGAUUCAGCCUGACCACCUUAAGGAACUUUGGCAUGGGCAAAAGAGUCAUUGAAGACAGAAUUAUAGAAGAAUGCAACCAUCUCAUACAAAAUUUUGAGUCUCACAAAGGAAAACCCUUUGAGGUCGCGAAAGUAAUAAGUGCUUCUGUUGCUAAUGUUAUCGUAUCCGUAUUAUUUGGAAAACGUUUUGACUACCAAGACCCACAAUACCUGAGACUCUUAGCCUUGAUUAGUGAAAACGUGAAACUCUUUGGAUGUCCUCAAAUUGCGCUUUUCAAUAUGUUUCCUGCUUUAGGAUUCCUCCUAAAGAGUCAUAAGACAGUACUCAGAAAUAGAGAUGAAUUAUUUUCUUUUAUAAGAAGAACUUUCCUUGACUACCAUCAGAAAUUGGACAUAAAUAAUCCACAAAGUUUCAUUGAUGCAUUUCUGAUCAAGCAGGAAGAGGAGAAAAAUACAUCAACGGACUUUUUCAGUGACAAAAACCUGCUGGCUGCUAUUAGUAAUCUCUUUGGGGCAGGUACAGAGACCACAGCCACCACACUGCGCUGGGGAAUUCUGCUCAUGAUGCGCUAUCCUGAAGUCCAGAAAAAGGUUCGUGAAGAGAUUAACCAAGUUGUGGGCUCAGGCCAACCUCGAAUUGCACACCGAAUUCAAAUGCCCUACACAGAUGCUGUCAUUCAUGAAGUACAGAGAUUUGCUAACAUCUUACCCUUAAGUGUACCUCAUGCAACAACCACAGAUGUUCUAUUUAAAAACUACUAUAUUCCAAAGGGCACUGAGGUGAUCAUUUUGUUGACCUCAGUCCUUCGGGAUCAAGCCCAGUGGGAAAAACCUGACACAUUUAAUCCUCAUCAUUUCCUCAGUUCUACUGGAAAAUUUAUCAAGAGAGAAGCUUUCAUCCCCUUUUCAAUGGGUCACCGGAUGUGUGCUGGUGAAUCGUUGGCCAAGAUGGAACUUUUCCUUUUUUUCACCAGCCUCAUGCAGAAGUUUACCUUCCAACCACCUUCUUGGGUCUCCCAUCUGGACUUGGACUUAACCCCUAACAUUGGCUUCACUACUCCUCCAAUGCCUCACAAGAUAUGUGCUAUAUCCCAGGCCUAG